AAGAGAAAGAAAUAAAUUUUCAAAUACAAUUAAAUCAACAUAUGAAAAUCUAAAUAUUAAUGAAAAUUUAAAAAAAAUAUUGAGAGAAAAUAAAUAUCAAUUAUCUUGGAUUCCUUAUUCGGAAUUUGAAAUUAUCGAAGAGAUUGGAAAAGGUGGAUUUGCUACCGUGUACUACGCUAAAUGGUCAAGAUUGAAAGCAUACAGCGAAAUCGGAUUCAACAAUCCUUCAUUCUUACAAUGCUAUGGAAUAUCACAGGAUGAAACAACUAAAGAUUAUAUAAUUAUUUUAAAGUAUGCGGAAACUGGAUCUCUGUAUAAAAAUAUUGUUGACGUAUCACAGAUGAAAUGGAAAGAUAAAUUAAAUUUAUUAAAUUGUAUCGUAUCUGAUCUUGAAGCUAUUCAUUCAGAAGAGUUAUCUCAUCGGGAUCUUCACAGUAAAAAUAUUUUACAAGAUGAUUUACGUAGUGCGUAUAUCGCUGAUUUAGGUCUCUCUGCGUCAGCUAGUAUAAAACAAGAGGAUCAAAUUUAUGGAAUUAUACCAUACGUUGCUCCGGAGGUUCUACAAGGAAAACCUUUCACACAAGCUAUUGAGCCAGAACACCCUUCACACAUGUAUACAAGUAAACUAAUCAACACGAAAGAAGUAUCAAAUAUAUUAAGUUUUGCGAUUCCUAAUGAUAUUUAA